AUGUACAGGAUAUUCUCAUUAAUUUUUUAUCUCAUUGUAAAUAUCAGAUUCUCAUUACCACUGGAUAUUUCAAAGACACAGGAUAAUGAUGAGCUUAGGAAACCAGUUAUUAUAAAAUCUCCAAAUGAUAUCAUCACAACUGAAAGCGUUCUUGAAUUCACUUGUAAAGCUCAAGGGAAUCCAACGCCUCUAAUUAUUUGGUAUAAUGCAAGUACUGGUGAGCCUUUGAUAGACAGGUUGCAGACAUCUGGUCAUCAAACAAGUAUACAUAUGAAUAAACACCUAGGCAACUUGAUGAUUUCUAAUCCAGCUCCAAGAAAAUCUUACUUUGUUUAUUGUAAUGCAACAAACUCUGUCGGUUGGGUUACAAGUUGGCCACCAGUUCUAGGCGCCAUGGCAUACCUGGACUCUGAAUUCCCUUUAAAUCCGACUGAUAUUGAAGCAGAUCAUGGAGUCAGUGUAACAUUUGACUGUACUCCUCCACAGGGAUUUCCAAAGCCUACGAUAUUUUGGAUUAAAGAUAAUCAAACUAUUAUUGAGGCGAAUAAAUCACAAAAUUCUCAUUUAUCAAAUAUUCGAAUAAUGCCAGAUGGGAAGCUUAGAAUACAUCCAGUAAGUAUUAAAGACACUGGAAAUUAUGUUUGCGCAGCAUCAAAUUUGAUUGGCCAACGAUUGUCCCGUUCUGCACGUUUACAAGUGAAAUCACGUGAUUAUAUUAAGAGAGGAGCAAAACACAUUCGAGCAAGACAAGGUGAGCAAGUUAAGUUGGUUUGUCCAUCCAUCAUUACUGAUAAGCCGAUAAAAUGGAGACGGAAAUCAAAGCAGUCUGUGAUUGCUUCAGAUAGAAUUGAACAGAGAAGAGCUUAUCUAAUCAUCCAUCACGCAACAUAUACUGACUCUGAUGUUUAUAUCUGCACAACACAAGAUGGAGAUGAAGCCGAGAUACGCUUAACAGUUGAAACCCCACCAAUAUUCCUGAAAUCACCAAGCGAUUUGAAUUUAAAUGUAGGCGACAAGGCUGUUUUUCUCUGUUCAGUGGAUGGAAUUCCUAAGCCGAGUAUAUACUGGGAGCUGCCGGACAAAAGUCCUAUUUUCCCAUCAGACAAUUCGCUAGAAAAACAAACAUCAAGUAAGUAUAAAGUUUAUAAUAAUGGAACACUGGAAAUAAAUUCGAUUACAUUACAAGAUGCUGGUAAAUAUCACUGCAUUGCACAUUCCUCAGUUGAUAUGGUCCAGACGAGUGCAGUGUUAAGAGUUAAGCGUAAAAAGAAAACCACAACCAUGCCAUCUUUAAAUUAUAGCCAAAGUACUAACAAGUCAAGAGAAGCUAAAUCGAAGGAGACAUCGUCUAGCGCACCGAAAGCAGUAAGAUAUGUUCCCCCGUAUAUUGGAUUACCUCCAUCAAAUAAAACUCAGGUAGUUGGAGAGUCUGUUCUGAUUGACUGUGAAAUACCGCGUUUUGUUAAAAUAGUUUAUCCGCAUAAACUGAAAGAUGGUGAACAUCUUGGUCAGGAUAGCCUGGAUACAUUUAGUCUUCAAUCAACCGAACAAUGGGAAGUAAGCUGGAAACGUUCUUUACCAUCGAACCCUAACAUAAAUCAGCUUGCUAGUGGAGUUAUUCACGGGAACAGUUCGAGAUUUAAAAUUCUUCAGAGUGGAAGCUUACAAAUAAAUGAUUUACAGAUUAAUGAUUCUGGUGUGUACACCUGUCUAGUCAAAGAUGAUACAAAUAUUGCAAAUGAUGCUACAAUCCAUUUGACUGUAUUAUUUUCUAAACCUAAAGAAGGCAUUUCAGAUUACCUUCAAGAAUAUCCUCUUUCUGCUCCAAAUAAUCUUCAAGUAAUGAAUACAACAGAACAAAGUGUUACAUUAACCUGGAAUCCUCCAUUUUUGUAUGCUACUGGAAGUCAUAGUAGAUCUAUUCUACCCAUGAAUUAUUGGAUUGAACUGUAUACACCUGAUCGACCCAAUGACGGAUGGAUUGUAAUUGAACGUAGUUGGCCGGUUAAUUUGAUUACCUUAAAUGGUCUUAGUGCUAACAUUCCUUAUUAUAUUAUAAUUCGUGCUAAGUUAGGUCAAGGUCGUGUAGGCUGGGCAAGUGAUCCAUUUGGACCUUUGUAUACGGAAACAUCAAACAAUUAUGCUGAGAACAGUUCAAAAAGUGAUAAUUAUAAGAUUGACGAGUUUAUUGCAAAACCUGUGGAAUUAAAAAAUGUCCAGCUGACGGUCUUGUCGCCUAAAAGCAUUCAUGUCAGUUGGAAUGUGUAUGAAGAAGCUGCGGUCUUAUCAAGGAUAAGUGGAUACAUCAUCUACUAUCGCAGUGUAGAACAUGCAAGAUGUCUGAAUGACAAGUAUUCACCAGCCAGCCUAAGUGAUAAGAACUUCAUCAGUAAUUAUUGUAGCUUAAAUCCUGAAAACUACCACAAGUCUGCAGGUGUCAGUGAAGUCUAUAAACGCUUGGAGUUGAUGAGACAAAUCUAUCAAGAAGAACAAGAAAGUAAUACUACAGAUUCUGUUACUUCUUUGCCAGGAGUUAUUUCAACCGUCACUAUCGAUGCAAAUUAUGUGAAAAGUGAGCUAGAUAAGCAUUCACAACGUAUAAAUCACAAGAUUACUUCAUUAUUAACAGAACUUAGACCUUUUCGCUGUUAUGAAGUUGGAAUCAAAGCAUUUAGUGGCAAAAUAUCCGUGAACUACUUAGAAACUAGUGAUAUAUUUACACAUACAGCACUCACCUAUGAAACAAGUCCAAUGUCUCCACCGAGAAAUAUAUUCGCCGGUUGGUUAUUCAGUGAAAGUUUAGAGUUAGGAUGGACAGCACCACGUGUGUCCGACUGGAAUGGUAUUAUUCUUGGAUACAUUGUUUACAUUCAUGACGAAGUCUUGAAAACAUACCACAGUGUAAAUGUGACCUCCGGCAGUAGAAAGGUAGCGAUUAGUUUAAAUUCACUACCGAAAUCAUUCAGUAUUCAGAUAGCUGCUUACACAUGUAUGGGUAUUGGCAUCAGAAGUGACUUGCUAAAAAUCGAUACAAUUCAAGGUAUUAAUUUACAGAAGAACAGAGAAUUGUCAACAGGCAGGACUACUGAAGACCUGAGGAAACCACCAGUUUCACUCUUAACAGAAUAUUCAAUUAAAGAUGAACAACUAAUCAAUCAACCUUGGUUCAUUAGUGCUGUUGUUAGCAGUCUUCUAGCCUGGUGCAUUAUAUUUGGGUUAUGUGUUCUCUGUUGGAUACGUCGUUAUAAAUUUUGUAAGAAGCGCCUUACAUAUCAAAUAUCACAGUCUAAUUUCCAACAUGAAUCACCUUCAAAAAACAAAGAUUGUAAGUCGAAGGUGAAUAGCAUGGAUGAAAUAACAAAGGGUAGUGCAAUACAGCCCAACGGAUAUUUAAAUAAUCAGAUGGGCAAUGGUUCUUUGACGAUAAGUGUAAGUUCUGGGGAUCAGACGCUGGACAUGAAAAUGCAACCUCAUAUUUCAUACCUGCCUAUCAGACAGUCAUCAGAGAAUAUUUCCAAUGGCAGUUCAUUGAACGGCUGUGGUCUUCAGUGUUUUCAAUAUUCUAAUGAACCUCGAAUCAGCGCAUCUAAAUCCCAAUUAAAGUCUGGUAGAUUUCCUACAAGCCAUAAUAUAGCAUCGAAUCCUGCAAAUAACAACCAAAAUAUAUCUCAGGCAUAUCACACAUUCACUAGGCGUUUAAAUCCACAUACACAAACGAAUAGCGGUUUUUUCGUCAACGACACACAAGACCUUGUACAAACAAAUUCAUCACACUUUACCUCAGCUUCUCAAACUAGCUCAGAACCAUUCGAUUCAGCAAUUUAUCUGGAACAGCUGCCAAAUAGGCAACAUUUCAAUGAAUCUCCAGGUCCUCUUCUAACACCGCCAACACCACUUACAGCAGUCAAUGGGGACUAUUGUAAUGAACAUGGAUAUACACCUGUAGUGACACCCUAUGCAACAGCCUCUAUUAUUCCUAAUCAUAAUCGUGAUGUAAUCAUAAAUUCAUCUAGAAGGCAAGUCCAGUUAAAUGAUAACAUACAACAAAAUGACACUAUUAGUUCAUCAGAACUGUAUUCGCAGAAUAUGUACAUAACAUGUAUGGAUAUGCCUAACUGUCAGAAGACAACAAAUGUUACACGCCCUAACGGUAUUGGACAGUAA